UUCAGUUUAGAACAGAAGAAAAGUCAGCUCAUUCCAAAAAAAAUAUUGAUAGAACAUUGAAUAGUCAUCGUAUUCACGUUCAAUCGUUCAUGGUUGAAUUGAAAAACAUAACGCCAGCGCCAAAAAACCGUUUGAAUAUUUCUCUUUUGGUGGCGUAUUUGUUUGUUUAUUUGCAGUUGGGGUCCUUCUUUGCUGUCUUUUCAAUGGAAACUUCUGACGCGUCGUUUUUCUCAUCUUCUCCUGACUUAUUUGGGAUUUCAUCGUUUCAAAGUUACUGGGUUUUUUCUUUUCUUCUUUGAUAUCAUCAUCUGUUGAAAAAUAUUUUCUUGCUCCCAAUUUUCUGAGUUUCUUGAAAAUCCAAACAUGCCCAGUAAUAGCUUCAAGGAUUGGGUCAAAACCCUCUCUGUGGUUUUUGCAUUUUGUGCUGUGCUCUGUUUUGGUGCCCUUAAAAGUAGGUUUGAUUGUUGGUCCGAUUGCUGCUUUGAUUCUGAUUUUAGGGAAUUUAGCGGUGAUUUUGGGGCUCUUUCCUGCACAUGUUGCAUGGACAGUCUAUACCCUUCUCAAAACAAAUAAGUUUGAUGCACCCCUUAAAGUUGCAAUCUUGUUUGGCUUGCCUGCUUUAUUUGGCCUUUGGUUAGCUCUUAGUAUCGCGGGUAGUUGUCUCGUGGGUCUUGGAUAUGGUUUUUUCACUCCUUGGGUUUCAUCUUUCGAAGCCUUCAGACUUGAGGAUGCAUUGGAGAAAUUCUGCCAUUGCAUUGUGGAUGGUACAUGGGGCACUAUUAAGGGUAGUUGUACCGUGGUUCGUGAUUUUGCCGACUUUUGCUAUCAUUCUUAUCCACUCUAUUUAAAAGAGCUGCGCGAAAACACUGCCUCUAAUGAGCUUCAACCUCUUAGAUUUAUUCACGUGCCCGCAUGCAUUAUUGUUGGCCUACUAGGCCUGAUUGUUGAGAUCCCACUUUACACGGCUAUUGCCAUUGUAAAAAGUCCAUACAUGUUGUUCAAAGGCUGGCAUAGGCUUCUGCACGAUCUGAUAAGCCGUGAGGGCCCAUUUUUGGAAACUGCCUGCAUUCCCAUUGCUGGUUUGACGAUCCUUAUGUGGCCGCUCAUCGUUAUUGGAAGCAUUUUGAUGGCUAUAUUUACGAGCUUUUUCAUCGGAUUAUAUGGAUCUAUAGUAGUAUAUCAGGUCACAAACAAAACCAUACUCUUUUUGUCCAUUGAGCCAUUUGCUUUAUUUCUUGUGACCAAUUCAUUUCUUAAAACUUGUUCAAAGAUAAAUACAAAUGGAUUCAAAAACAUUUCUCUGUCUAUACAUUUUACCUCAAUAUGCCCCGUCUUUAUUUCGAUGCAGGAAAGGUCCUUCAGGCGAGGUGUAGCCUAUGUGAUUGCAAUGGUUGCAGAAUUUGACGAGUACACAAACGAUUGGCUUUAUCUUCGUGAGGGCUCGAUCCUACCAAAGCCACGUUAUAGGAAAAGAAAACCGUCCAACUCGUCCGAACUUACUGUCCCUCGAAACCAAUCCAUACACGAGAGAUUAGGCUAUGCCGCUACAGAAAGUCCUGGAAUGAUUGUUCCUCGCCUAACUGCAUCGAGGUCCGUCAGAGAGGUUAUGAAGGAGGUGAAAAUGGUGCAGAUAUGGGGAAGCAUGAUGAAGGCAUGCGAAGUAAGGGGAAAAGAGCUGCUGGACAAGAACGUAAUUUCGCACGCCGACCUCUGUGAUUGGCUGAAAGCAAAGCACUCGAGUGGCCCUCACAUUAUCGAUGUGGGACUUCCUUGCUACUCUUUUCUGCACACGCUUCUCGAUUCAAUCAAAGUGGGGUCCACUGGCUUAGUCCUGCUGGACGGGACAGAGGUGAACCACUUGAACCGGCCUCAGGACAGGCUCAUGGACUGGUUCUUUAACCCGGUUUUGGUUCUAAAGGAACAGGUUAGGGCUCUACGGUUAGAGGAAGGUGAAAUUCGGAUGAUGGGGAUGAAUAGAAGCGUAUCAAAGUUUCCGACUCAUAGAAGGCGUUACCGGCAAGUCGUAAAGGACUUGAUAGCUUAUUCUAAGGGAAAAGAUUGUUCGUCGAGAUCCAUCAAUUAUUCGGCAACAAAAGAAGGAUCACAAAGAUCAGUGAAUUCUUCUUCAUCGGCUGCUAAAGAAGGCUCGACGAGAUCUGUAUCAGUGAAAUCGGUUGCCUCUGUGGAUAUUGUUUAAGUGCGAGGUUUAGUAAUUUUUUCAUUUUUUUCCCUUUUUGUUUUUUUUUUUUACUUUACAAUUUAGUCUUAGAAAAAGUGGUAGAGAUGAGACUUCCUCACAGUUCUUACAGUAAGCUUUGCAUUGGAAAUGUCUGAACCAGCUGUUGUAUUGUUCUGUACAUAUGUUAGGACUUGAGCAUGGAUUUGUAAACUUUCUAUCAUCAAAGUUGAGUAUACAAAUAUUUAAAUAUAUAAUAUGUUGAUAGGUUUUUGUAAACUUUCU